AUGCUAGGUAAUUUAUCAAGAUAUAUAAUAUCAUCAAUUGCUGCAUAUGAUAAGCUUCUGUUAAAUACACAUGAUCAGAGAACAAAUGCAAUAUCGGAAAGACGUAUGGCCAUUGUUAAACGAACACAACUAGGCACUCAGACCUAUACGCGUGCUGAUGUGGUUUUACAAAUACUUAUACAAGAUAUGCAAAAGUUGAUUGAAAAUUUCUCUCUUUCGUACAUGGCUGCAUCAUGUAAAGAUACCAAUACUGAAACAAAUCAACAACAAUUAAAGGAAUUGACCGAGAACUGGAGAAAAAAUAAUCGUCGUGGCCAUGGAUUUUACGCUAAGAAGCCUGAUACAUCAAUAAUGAACAAUUUAAAAUAUACUCUUGUAGUAUAUUCAACAACAAUUAAUGAUGGUCUUUCCGUACCACAUCUACCUGUUCCUAAUUGGUUGAAUAUUGCUAUUGGAACACUGGUGUCAAUAAAAUCGAUUCGUACAUCAUCAUCUUUAUCACUUAAAAUAUCAACACCUUUAAUUAAUGAUAUAAUUAAUUUUAUUACUAAAUGGAUAUCAUCUGCUGAAUACAUUAAAAGAACAAAAAAACACAGUGCUGAAUUGAUGCAUUUAUUGAAUAGUAAAUUCCAAAUACCAGCCGAUAUUCCAACUGAUGGUUGUGGACAAUUAAAUUUCAUUCUUCACAAGAUUCUUCUUCCAAUUAUUGAUCGAUGUAUACCUGCAGUUAAAGAAUAUUGUUGUACAUCUUGUAACUGCACUGUACGUACAAGAUUUAGUAUUAGUUAUAUUCCAAUUAAUAUGGUGGAAGUGCAAACGCAACUUCAUCAUCGACUCAACAGUUAUUUUGAUGGUUGCAUGUCUGAUCAUUUAUGUGAUAAAUGUUCAAUGACUAUGUCUCGACGUAUAAAAUUACUUGAAUGUCCACCUGUGAUUAUUCUUCGUAUUGAUUAUAACAAUGUUUCAUCAACAGUUUUACGUAAGCCACCAAAUGCAAUUUUCUUUCAAUCUUUCUUAGAGAAAACUAAUAUUGGCUGCUCAUCAUCAACCAUUUACGAUGUAGUUGCCUUUAUAUCGAUCAUGCCAAAUACAGAUAAUAAACUAGUAUUAGCAACGAAAAUUAAACAACGUUGGAGAAUUAAUUCCAUGACGAAACUUAUUGGUAAUGGUGAAAAGCUAUGUAAAUUAUUUGCGAAUAGUCGAUUGAUAAUUCUCGAACAAACACGAACCUGUAAUAGUAACUUUAUUUACGCGAUUGCUCAAUGUUGCUCCUUUACGAUAAGCAAUAUUGAACACAAUGACUUCUGUACGUGUAACACAUUAAAUGAUGCUAUAAAAAUCAUUGAAAGUGAAGCAAAACUUAAUUAUCUUUACUCAAUGUUAUCUUCACAUUUUACGACGUACUAUCAAUGCCAGCAGUGUCGAUGUUCACCUAGUUCAUUGUCAACAACACAUAAUGGUGUGUCUAUUUAUGAACAGAAUAUGGAACCUAAAUUUAUCUGUGGUUUUCCAUUAGCAUCGCUUGAUAGACUGGAUCUUUCAUGUUCUGUAUGUAAUAAAAAAACAGAAGAUGUACUUUUACCAGUACAUAGUCAAAUUCAUCAUCAAUGUCCGCCAAUUUGUAUGUACUAUUCACAACGCACGACACUGCAUGGUGUUCAAAAUCUUCGAAUUGAACUGACAAGUCAUGAUUCACAAUCCAUAUGUGCCUAUCAGGCAAUAUCUGUAUUACUUAUCGAUGAGUAUAAUGGAAUAUCAGUAGUGAAACUUGAUAAAGUUUCAAUUUAUUGUACAAAUCCUUAUCAAGCAGUAACCACGUCAUCUGUUGAUAAAAUUAAUGAAGCUUUUUACACAGCUCAAAAGACAAUAAUAUUUUUAAAGACGAUAACCGCACCUGAACCUUCUACAGCAUUUGUUUUACAAGCACCUGAACCUUCUACAACAUUAGUUUUACAAGCACCUGUACCUGUUCGUCUUAUCAAUAAAUCAAGUGGUGUGUUGGUAAUUGGAUCAAUCAAAUCUUUGACAAUUGCUAAACAAACUUCGAUAAAGCCAUCACUGAAUCCUGUCACAUAA